CACCGCAGUAAUAGUUAAAAGUCUCUAUGCACACACCUCUUUGCCCCUCUGUCUCUGUUUCCCUUUAUUUUCAUUUUUUUCCCUUUUUGGAUUCCUCCCUCGAAUUGUCCUCUUGAAAAUAGUUUCUGGGAGCCGACUAAAAAUCCAUUUUUCUUCUAAUUUCGUAUAAUUUAUUUUCCUUCGAUUAUAUUUUUUGCACGCAGAAGGAUCGGUGGUACAUACGUGGCGGCGGCGGCGGUGGCGGUGGUUUCACGUACUUUUUCCGGAUCUGAGGCUCCUCGGUGCUCGCCGGGGCUUAAACCCAAAGCUUUUCGUGUUUCGACUCUCUAAACCCUAAGGCGCUUCAGAGGCGUCGCUGUUUUCUAUUUAUUUCUUUGGAGUUUCCAGAUUGUGGGUGUGCGCAGGUGUUUGUUUCCAUUUUUUUUUGUUUUUGGGAGAGCUCGGAUUUCUUGGGUUGGCUUGAGUCUGAAGGUGUUGUUUCCUGCUUAGCUAUGAGAUAGACAUUGUGGGAUAAAUCAUGGCCUCCAAGGGUCCAAGGUCUAAACUUGACCAUGAAUCACGUGCCAAGCGGCAAAAGGCACUUGAAGCUCCAAAAGAACCUAAGCGUCCUAAAACGCACUGGGAUCAUGUAUUGGAAGAGAUGGUCUGGUUGGCAAAGGACUUCGAGUCAGAGAGGAAAUGGAAACUGAAUCAGGCAAAGAAAGUAGCAACCAAAGCUAGUAAGGGCAUGCUGGACCAAGCCACAAGAGGGGAGAAGCGUGUAAAGGAAGAGGAACAGAAGUUGAGAAAAGUGGCACUCAACAUAUCCAAGGAUGUGAAGAAAUUUUGGACAAAAAUAGAGAAACUGGUGUUAUACAAACAUCAAUUAGAGCUUGAUGAGAAGAAGAAGAAAGCCCUAGAUAAACAGCUAGAGUUCCUUCUUGGGCAAACUGAGAGGUACUCGUCAAUGUUGGCAGAGAACCUUGUAAAUUCACCUACCCCAGGCAAACCUUCUUCUUUGCCUGCUAUUGAACAGCAAUCUAACAGACAUCAAAAAGCUGAUGAUGAAACUGAUAAAAAAGAAUCUCACUCAGACAGCGGGACCCAGACAAAUGGCCCUAUUGCAGAUGAAGACUUUGAUCUGCUGUCUGGUGAUGAAUCAGAAGAUGAUGAGCGUACUAUCGAGGAGGAUGAGGCUCUUAUCACUAAAGAAGAGAGAGAAGAAGAACUGGCUGCAUUACAAAAUGAAACUGAAUUACCUUUAGAGGAAAUACUUAAACGCUAUGCUGCGCAGGAAGCCAGUGGCGAAAAAAGUCCUAUCAACACUGAUGAUACACCUGGAACAACCAUUUCAAAAGAUUCUAGUGUAAAAGGUGACAUUGAAUGUGCUACCAAGACACAGAAAGACAACUUGCCUGCAGAACCUGGUCGUCGUUGUGUUGAAAGUAAUGGUGUUUUAUCUGUGAUGGAAAACAACUGCUCUGAGGUUGACAAAUGCAUAAAGAAAAAAUCUUUAGAAAAACGUCUCGAUCCUCAGAGGAAACAAAUUUUGCUUGAGUUCAAUGAGGAACAUGAAGAUGAUGAAUUUGUCCUCUCACCAGGAGAAGAAAGGGAAUAUGGCAUUGAUGAUGAAGCAACCCUUUUAGAGGAGGAAGAAUUAGCUAAUGCAGAACCUCACAAUCCUGUGGAUGAAAUUGCUCUUCUUCAGAAAGAGAGUGAAGUUCCCAUUGAAGAGCUACUUGCAAGGUAUAAAAAGGAACAUGACAGCGACGAAGAUGUGGAAGAUGACUUGGAAUCGUGGUCUGCUGGUUCUGAAUUCUUGGGUUCAUCAGAAAAAGGGAAUUCUGAACUUAAGAAGCCUGAUGAUGAAUCUAAUGGAUUUCAUCCAGGUAUAUGCUCACAUCUGGAAGAAGGUGAAGGUGAAGGGGAGGGUGGAGGAGAAGGCGAAGGUGAAGCUGAAUGCUGGGGAAAAUCUGGGGAAGAUAUGCAGAGUGAAGAUAUAAUUGCUGAUGCAGCAGCUGCUGCCAGGUUGGCACAACCAACUGGCAAUACAUUCUUAACAACAAAAGUACGGACUAAAUUUCCUUUUCUCCUCAAGUUUCCUUUGCGUGAGUAUCAACACAUUGGCUUGGAUUGGCUUGUGACCAUGUAUGAGAAAAGGCUUAAUGGGAUCCUUGCAGACGAGAUGGGACUGGGUAAGACGAUCAUGACAAUUGCUCUGCUUGCUCACCUAGCUUGUGAAAAAGGAAUUUGGGGUCCGCAUCUCAUUGUUGUUCCAACUAGUGUAAUGCUCAAUUGGGAGACAGAGUUUCUUAAAUGGUGCCCAGCUUUUAAGAUAUUGACCUACUUUGGAAGUGCAAAAGAGCGAAGAAUUAAGAGGCAAGGAUGGAUGAAGACUAAUUCCUUUCAUAUUUGCAUAACUACCUAUAGGCUUGUCAUUCAGGAUUCUAAAGUUUUCAAGCGAAAGAAGUGGAAGUACCUGAUUCUGGAUGAAGCCCAUUUGAUUAAGAAUUGGAAGUCACAGCGGUGGCAAACACUGCUUAAUUUUAACUCCAAAAGGCGUAUACUUCUGACGGGUACACCACUACAGAAUGAUCUCAUGGAACUCUGGUCGUUAAUGCAUUUCCUGAUGCCACAUAUUUUUCAGUCUCACCAAGAAUUCAAGGACUGGUUCAGUAAUCCUAUAUCUGGCAUGGUAGAGGGACAAGAAAAAGUAAACAAAGAAGUGAUUGAUCGGCUGCAUAAUGUUCUCCGUCCGUUCAUACUACGCCGAUUAAAAAGGGAUGUCGAAAAGCAGCUUCCAAGUAAGCAUGAACAUGUUAUCUACUGCAGGCUCUCAAGGAGGCAGCGUAAUUUAUAUGAGGAUUUCAUUGCUAGCUCUGAAACUCAAGCUACUCUUGCCAGUGCCAAUUAUUUUGGGAUGAUUAGUGUUAUUAUGCAACUUCGUAAGGUGUGUAAUCAUCCUGAUUUAUUUGAAGGUCGUCCAAUUGUUAGUUCGUUUGAUAUGAGUGGUAUAGACAUGCAAUUAAGUUCUUCCAUUUGUUCAAUGCCCAUAGCGGGGGCAUUUUCAAAUAUUGACCUUAGUGGCUUGGGGUUUUUGUUUACUCAUCUGGAUUUUUCCAUGACAUCCUGGGAGAAUGAAGAAUUGCAAGCAAUUGCUACCCCAUCAAACCUAAUUGAGUGGCGUGUCAACCAGAUUAAUAUGGAGGAAAAUUCUUGUAGGUUUAAAGAUAAGAGAAGGAACCAUUUAACAAAUAUCUUUGAAGAGAUUCAGAAGGCACUGUGGGAUGAGAGAUUGAAGGAAGCAAAUGAAAGGGCAAGAGCUGUUGCAUGGUGGAAUUCUUUGAGGUGCAAGAGGAAACCAAUGUAUGCCUCUGGUCUCCGAGAACUUGUCAGUGUCAGACAUCCUGUCUACAACAUUCAUUAUGAGAAGUAUAAUUCUCUGUCAUAUGAGUACUCAACCUAUCUUGCUGACAUUGUUCUGUCGCCUGUUGAAAGAUUCAGAAAAAUGGCUGAUCAGGUUGAAAGUUUCAUGUUUGCUAUACCAGCUGCACGUGCGCCUCCCCCAGUUUGCUGGUGCAGUAAAGGUGGAUCACCGUUGUUUGUUCAACAAACAAACAUAGACAGAUGGUCCCAAUGUUUCUUUCCUCUUCUUACUCCAUUUCGUCCUGCUAUUGUUCGAAGGCAAGUCUACUUUCCUGAUAGGAGGCUUAUCCAAUUCGACUGUGGGAAGCUACAAGAGCUUGCAGUUCUACUCAGGCGACUGAAGUCAGAGGGCCACAGAGCUCUGAUAUUCACCCAAAUGACAAAGAUGCUUGACGUUUUGGAGGCAUUCAUUAAUUUAUAUGGUUACACUUACAUGCGCCUAGACGGUUCCACCCCACCUGAAGAGAGGCAAACUCUGAUGCAGCGAUUUAAUACAAAUCCCAAAAUAUUCCUUUUUAUUCUGUCUACACGCAGCGGAGGUGUAGGAAUCAACCUAGUUGGUGCAGAUACUGUAAUCUUCUAUGAUAGUGACUGGAACCCGGCCAUGGAUCAACAAGCACAAGAUAGGUGUCACAGGAUUGGCCAGACACGGGAAGUUCAUAUCUAUCGGUUGAUUAGUGAGAGCACGAUUGAAGAAAAUAUCUUGAAAAAGGCUAAUCAAAAGCGUGCCCUUGAUGAUUUGGUUAUACAGAGUGGCAGCUAUAACACUGAAUUCUUCAAAACUUUGGAUCCAAUGGAAUUGUUUUCAGGCCAGAGAACAGCUACCCAAAAGGAUAUACAGACUGAGAAAACAUCCAACAACAGUGCUGACAUUGCUUUGUCUGGUGUGGAUAUAGAGGCUGCUUUAAAGAAUGCUGAAGAUGAGGCAGACUACAUGGCAUUGAAGAAAGUUGAAGAGGAGGAGGCUGUGGAUAAUCAAGAAUUCACCGAGGAGGCUGUUGGGAAGGUUGAGGACGAUGAGCUUGCAAAUGAGGAAAUAAAGCCUGAUGAAGGUCCUACUGAACCCACCUCCUUGAAUGUGAAAUCAGAUGAAGGUAAUGUUGUGAGUGGAAGUCAUCUAGUUGAGGAAAGUGCCCUGGUAUUCAAUAAUAAUGAUGAUGAUGCUGAUAUGCUGGCCGACGUCAAACAGAUGGCUGCAGCUGCUGCUGCAGCUGGACAAGAAAUCUUGUCUUUCGAGAAUCAACUAAGGCCAAUUGAUAGAUAUGCAAUACGUUUUCUUCAGUUAUGGGACCCUAUUAUAGACAAAGCUGCAGUUGAUUCUGACAUUCAGAUUGAGGAAAGUGAUUGGGAGCUGGAGCGUAUUGAGAAGUUAAAGGAUGAUAAGGAAGCAGAGAUUGAUGAUGAUGAAGAACCUUUUGUGUAUGAAAGCUGGGAUACUGAUUUUGCGACUGAAGUUUACAAGCAGCAAGUUGAGGCCCUAGCCCAACAUCAGUUGAUGGAAGACAUGGAACGUGAAGCCCGGGAGAAGGAGGCCUUAGAAUAUGGAAAUUCUGAUUCUCCAAGGUAUGACAAUUCUGUGGCUUCUAAAUCCAAAUCAAAGAAGAAGAAGAAGAAGCAGAAGACAACCAAGUUCAAAUCUUUGAAGAAAGGAACUCUAGGUUCUAAAUCCAUAUCUGUGAAAGAAGAGUCAUCUAUAGAACCAAUGUCAAUAGAUGAUGAUUUAGAUGAAAUGCUCACUUCUUCGGAUGAAUUAUCCCCCUGCUCUACUCAAAAUAACAAAAGGAAGCUUGCUUCAGAUGAUGAUGAACCAAAGAGCAGAAAUAAAUCCAAAAAGUUGAAGUCUUCUGGUCAGGGACGGUUGAUACUGUCUCCUAGAAAUUCUACCAAGCAUCACCAUGAAUUUAGAGAUUUCAAUACUUACGAUAAUGGUAUUAUUGAUCUGGAAGCCAGACAGUUAAAUAAGAGCAAGACACGAGGACAACUUUCCGUUUCUCUUAUGCCCCAGAAACGAGUAUUCAUAAUGAAACCUGAAAAGUUGAAAAAGAAGGGGAAUGUGUGGUACAAAGACCUAUCUGCUCCUCCUGAUUUUUGGUCACCAAUGGAAGAUGCAGUAUUGUGCUCAGCUGUUCACGAGUAUGGCCCAAAUUGGGACUUGGCAAGUGACAUAUUGCAUGGCACUAAUGGUGGUGGAUCUUAUCGAGGCAAAUUUCACCAUCCUGUCCAUUGCUCUGAGAGGUUUAGAGAUCUAAUACAAAGAUAUGUUUUUGUGGCCAAUGAUUCUGCAAAUAAUGAUAAAGCUACUCCUGUUGGCACUGGGAAGACACUGCUUAGAGUAACUGAGGACAAUGUCCAGGUUUUGCUUGGAAUUGCUUCUGAAGUACCAGAUCAUGAACAACUCAUCCAAAAGCACUUCUUUGCUGCAAUAUCUUCUGGUUGGAGAGAUCAAUCCUGCAGCAACCAAUUGUCUCAAACUGGAUUUUAUUCUUCUGCUAAGUUGUUGGGUUCGUCAGACAACCAUCAGAUUUCCUCAGCAGAAGGUUUUGAAUUCACUAAUUUGCAUCAGUGUGCGAAGUUAGUUUCUUCUGCCCUUAAUCGCGACUCCAGUCACCCAAGCAAUGCUACCUUAUCCACUGUCCCCCAGGGAGAGGAAAUUUCAGUUGCAAAUGAGCGGUUAGAUCUAGUACUUGAACUUCAGGCAGAAAGGGAUGAUGAUUCACUCCUCCCCUCUGCAGUUGAUGUUUCAAUUAUUGGUACGGAUCCACCCCCAUCUUUGAACAUCACUGAAGACGAAGCCAAUUUGAAACCUUCCUGGCAAUUGUUUGAUAGCCAAUUCAGACGAGCUUUGGGGAGACAUGCUGAUGGGGAGCCACAGUCACUAGGUUUUGCAUCAAGUGAUACCAGGCCAUGGAAUUCUCCAUUGCAGCAGUAUCUGGGGAAGCACAAGCUCCCUAGUUCUGAGUCAGCAAAGCCUUCUUCCAAGUCGAAAGUGAGAAGAACAAGUAAGGAUCACCACACAGAUUCGCAGUUCCCAAAUGCUGGUGAAGGAUUCCAAUCUCUGCCCAUCACAAUGCCAAGUGACAUCAGCAAUAUGAGGUCGAAUCAGCCAUGCUUUCUGGAAGCUGGAGCUGACGACUAUGAAAUGAAUUACCUGCCACAGCUGCUACCGGACACAAAUGGUGGAUUUGAUUGCACUCCCUCGAGCGCUGUCCCUGUUGAAUUUAGACCAGAUUCAAUAACUGGACUGGAUGAUCUGUCAACGUUCGAUGAAGUGAUUGAUAUUGGAUAAAAGUGGGAAUGCAAAUCCCCAGUCCACUCCACCACUUGACAAAUUGAGUUGGUUGGAGGAGAGUAGCCAUGGAUUUUUGAGUGGCUGAAUCUCAAGAUGAUGGAGAAGCAAAACAAAAAGAAGCAAGCAAGCGAGCCGUGAUCCUCCUCCUCUUCCUCCCUCCUCCCUCCCUCCCGGUCAAUGAAGGUAGGUAGGUAUUCUUUACUCAAGGCUGCUGGAUGGGGGGGUGGGGUUGGCUGCUGUGCUGUGCUGUCCUGUCGGGGUGUUAUAUUGAAAGGGGGGUAGAUGGGAAGAACCAUUAGUGGGUUCUUGAGGGAUGGAUAUAUAUAAACAAAACACAUAAAAUGGAUUUACUUGCUUGAUUUGGGAGUGAGUGAGGGAAGUAAUAGAGGGGGGGAGGGUUUGUUGAAGCAGCAGCAAAAUUGUUGAUCCGUAUUGUUCUUAAUAUUGUUGAGUAGCAGUAGCCAAAGUAGACGUAGAAGUAGCAGUAGAGCCUUAGCAGUAGCGAUAUUCAGUGAUGAUAUUCGAUGAAAUUUGACAGUGCAAUUUUGGUCACAUUCACAUGCACAUACCAUAUCGCCUUGAUUCAUAUGAUAUGAUAUGAUGUUGCGAUUAAGGAUGGAUUAAUGAAUUGUUAAAAGGUUUCAAAAUUACCAAAAUCUCAUUGCUGCUGCUGCUGCUCUUUUCAUACAAAUUCUCUUCCUUUGUUCAAAAUUUACUUAUACAAUUGUCUAUGUUUUACAUAAAAAUAUACUUUCAAAUCAAAAUACAAAACAAACACAUCCUUGUAUUUGUUUUAGUGUAAAAAUACUGCAUCAUUGGUGUACAAUAAAACUAUACUAAGAUGCGUUGCGGAUGCUUUGUAGUCUCAUCUCAAGGAAAGCUUUCAAUUGCCUGUAAAAUGUAAGGCC